AUGCUGCAUCAUCUGUAUACUCGUUUAACAGGUCACAUGCUCAUAUUUGUCAUGUUUUACCUGGUUUAUUUCACAAAUUACCCUAGAGUUGAUGGAAUUAACUGUGCUUCUGGUUUUCAAGCAAAUAACGAUGGUAUCAGAAGUAGAAAGUGCACUACUGGUGUACAACACUGUUUAAUUACGCUUAGUCGUGAUUCAAUCAAUGAGGUCUACAAUCCUCACAGUUUUGACUGUUGGCCAUGGCCAGAAUUGGAAAACAGAUGUCCUACUGUUGGUGGAGUAUGCCAUGUCUUACACAAAUCUAAGGAUGAUUUACUUAAAACCUGCUGCUGUCACGGUCACAUGUGCAAUAACGAAACUGUUAAGAUCGUUCCUAUGGCCGAAGACAUCAGUCUCGGUGAAUUUCAUAGAAGUGGUCUUGAUCACUUUGGUUUGCGAGUACCUGAUCGGGAUUCAAACGUAAUUGUAGCCCCUCAGGAUCUUCCAAACUCAGGUGUUGUUUCUUCCUUGCACUCAGAUUCCUAUGAAGACCCUCCAGAUGAUCGACUACAGAUACAUGCAUUGAGAAUCUUUGUUAUAUGUGGAGUACUCUUUUCGACUGUAUGCACAGUUAUCCUACUUGUGUUUUGUUUAUCCCCUCGUUACAAAAAAGUCAGAAUGAAAUUUUCCCUUGCAUGCAAACAUCCGCCUUCAUCUUCAUAUUAUCAAAGUGGAUUAGAUAAUCGUGUCCGUGGAACACUAUCAAUCAUUGACUGCUUUCAUUGUCCAAAACGUUUGUCUUUCAAGUCAUCUUAUGCUGGUGAUUGUGUUAUGACUUAUCCUGUCCAAGAUCCAGAAACUACACAUCAUAGCAUUUCUAAUGGUGAUAAUCUUCCCAGAGGAGCUUCAUGUACUGAUUCUAUUGGUAGUGGCUUUGUAUUCUCUGAUGUCUCAGAAAGUGGAUCAAUUGCAACAGAAGUGACUAACCUACAGCUUGUAGCUAAAUGUUGUCAAAAAGAGAAAUUGAUUGGUCGUGGGCGUUUCGCAGAAGUAUGGCUGGCCAGUGUCCCUUUAUCAGUAAUUACAAACCAAAUGAAGAUAACUAACGAUUUACUAGACCAAUCAAAUCAUAAAAAUAAUCAUAGUAAUGGUAUAAAACCCAGUCAAUCAACUAAUGGAUCACUUCUUGGGAAUAAUUCAAAUACAAAUUCUUCUUGGCAUCUAUUUUGUUGUCAGUCGGAUAACCGGUUUAAGACAGUAUCUAGUACUGCAGUGAAGCGAAAUGAUUCUAACACAUCAUCCUUAUUUCGUGAAUCUCACCCUCAAAUUUCUUUAAAUUAUUUAUGCAGUGAAAAGGACCAAUAUUCUCAGUCAAAAAUCUCAUCUAAAGAAUGUUUCGAUCCUGAAGAUCUGCAUCUUACUGAAACUACCUCUCGUUUAUUGCUGUCAUCUGCAAUCGCGUCGUCUAAUGUAACUAAUAAUUCAUCAGUCAAUGGUCAUUCUAUCACUGAUGAAUGUCCUAUGCUUGUAGCUGUGAAGACAUUCACACCUAAUGAAUUUGAUGCUUGGAAAACAGAAUUGGGCAUUUUCAAGGCUAUUCACUCGCAUAUUGGUCACCCUAACAUUGUUUUGUUACUAGGAGCGGGAUCAGUACAGCUUUGUCAACCGUUAGUAACUGAAUAUCGUCUAGUGAUGGAAUUUACUGCAGGUGGUUCACUACGUCAACUUCUAUCAAGCGGAAGUUGGCUAUCAUUUAGCCAUGUAUUGAAAAUCUCUGAUGAUAUUGUCCAAGGAUUGGGAUUUCUGCAUAUGGCUCAUCGUGAUUUGAAACCAGAAAAUAUCUUGAUACGAUUUGAUGGUAGUGUUUGCCUAUCAGAUUUUGGACAAUCUGUAUGCUUAACAGAAAUUUCGCCUAGUAGUCCUGUAUCAAAUAAUUCCUGUAGGACUUCAUCACAGGAUGUACUAACUACCACCUAUUCAGUUAGUUCAGCAUUGGAGUCUAUGCCAAAGGCUGGUACGUUAAGAUAUCAAGCCCCAGAAAUUAUUGAUGGAGCUAUUUCUUUCACUGGUUGGGCUCUAUUACGUACAGAUAUAUAUUCCUUAGGAUUAAUUCUAUGGGAAUUGCUCACAGCUGUUUGCUUACCUGUUGUAUGUGAAAAGACACUUGAAGAAGAUUAUGAUGUCGACAAACUUGACUUGAAAUUGAUCGAACCUGUUCUUAGCAUCAACUCUUCAGUUGGCUCAGAUUUGUAUAUGAUGAAUGAUUUACACUCUGAACUUGAUCAUUUAAACUAUGAAACCAAUACAGUGAACGUGAAUUAUCAUACACCAGAACAUAGAAAAAUGAAAAAACGGCAUCAUUGGCUACCUUAUGAAAAGGAAUUGGGAUCAUUUUGUAAUUCAUCUGCUGCUUUGCAACAGUUAGUUUGUGUAGAAAAAUAUCGUCCAACAAGUCAUCCAUUGUGGUGUAAUUCAUCCCUGAUUACUCACUUUCAUCGGACAAUCAGUGAAUGCUGGGAUCAUGAUCCAGAAGCACGUCUUACAGCUGAUUGUAUUUUAAAGCGUAUCCGUUCAUUAAACACUCAAUUGGCUAGAUCGAAAAACUCAGCCUAA